UUAGUCUGUGGUCCAAUUUCUCUUCCAAGAAGGAAGUUUUGUGUCUAGGAUCUCCGGCCAAGAUGCCAAACAUCAAAAUCUUCAGCGGCAGCUCCCACCAGGACUUAUCCCAAAAGAUCACCGAGCGCCUGGGCCUCGAGCUCAGCAAGGUGGUAACUAAAAAGUUCAGCAACCAGGAGACCUGCGUGGAGAUCGGUGAGAGUGUGCGUGGAGAAGAUGUCUACAUCGUUCAGAGCGGUUGUGGCGAGAUCAACGACAGUCUAAUGGAACUUUUGAUCAUGAUUAAUGCCUGCAAGAUUGCUUCAGCCAGCCGGGUGACUGCAGUCAUCCCAUGCUUUCCUUACGCUCGGCAGGAUAAAAAGGAUAAGAGCCGGGCUCCCAUCUCUGCGAAGCUCGUAGCAAAUAUGCUGUCUAUAGCGGGUGCCGACCACAUUAUCACCAUGGACCUACAUGCUUCUCAGAUUCAGGGGUUUUUUGACAUCCCGGUAGACAAUUUGUAUGCAGAGCCAGCUGUCCUGAAAUGGAUAAAGGAGAAUAUUUCUGACUGGAGGAACUGCACGAUUGUCUCUCCCGAUGCUGGCGGAGCCAAGAGGGUUACUUCCAUCGCGGACCAUUUGAAUGUGGAUUUUGCCUUGAUUCAUAAAGAACGGAAGAAAGCCAAUGAAGUGGACCGCAUGGUGCUUGUGGGUGAUGUGAAGGAUCGGGUGGCUAUCCUUGUAGAUGACAUGGCUGAUACUUGUGGUACAAUCUGUUUCGCGGCCGACAAACUUCUCUCAGAGGGAGCUACCAGAGUUUAUGCGAUCUUGACUCAUGGGAUCUUUUCUGGUCCAGCCAUUGCUCGCAUCAAUGGUGCCUGCUUUGAAGCAGUGGUGGUCACUAACACCAUACCUCAAGAAGACAAGAUGAAUCAGUGUAGCAAAAUCCAGGUGAUUGACAUCUCCAUGAUUCUUGCUGAAGCCAUCCGGAGAACCCAUAAUGGAGAAUCUGUUUCCUACCUAUUCAGUCAUGUUCCCUUGUAA